AAGAAAAAGCAACCAGCUGCAGUGCUUUUUUGGUCCUUUUGUGUAUAUAUUGCCUACUAUGGUUUCAAUUCACUCCUCGUUUAGCGGUCUGGUUUGCAACACAACGUAUGAUGUCUUCAAUACGUCCACCACUACCAGCGCCUACCCCAUGUACGGCAGUGCCGCCGCCGUUAUUUAUUCGCCUAAUGGGAACACUAAUACAGAUCCUGCAAUUGCCCUCGGUUACACGUUUAGUCUCGGAUUUUUUGGCAUCCCAGUUGUCCAAGCUUUCAUUUACAAUACCAGGUUUCCCGGUGAUUCAAAAUGGCUGAAAUAUCUGAUUUGGAUUAUUUUGUUCAUGGAGGGCUUGAGUGUUGUUCUCACUUUGUACGCUUUCUGGGAAGGGGAAACUUCUGCCUGUCUGUCAUGUUCUGUCUCGACAGCUGUUUCAACACCAUUGGUAGACUUUUCAUGUGGUUCCGGGUCUACAGCAAAGAUACCAGCAGCCAUAUGGACAUUUUUCGG